UGAAACGCCUACUAAAUACCUUGGUUGAGAUUUAAAUGGUUAAUAGGAAGAAGGUGGCAGCACAGGUUGCAAUUGACCUUCACUUUAAAUGCGCAACAAAUCAACUGUUACUCAUUUUCAUGGCGUACACCAUUAAACCUCUUCACUUUCUUCUCUACAAAAAUUACCAUCACAACUCCAUAAACCCUUAUUCCCAAUUUACCCAUCUUCAUUUUAACCUCCGUCCCAUCUCUAAUUUUCAACUUCAAGCUUCAAGACGCAUUUCCAAUUUCCCUCAGGGAGGUGAUGAUUUGGUUGGGGAUUCUAGAAAUUGGAGCCGUCAUCGAGGCAACAUAGUGAGUGAAGAGUAUGAAGAUGAAGAUGAUGAUGAUGAAGAAGAGGAAGAUCGAAGUUUAGAUCUUCUGGUUAAAUUUGUACAGAAUGUUUUCAAGAAGCUUUCUCGAAAAGCUAAGAAAGCUGUUCGCUCUGUUCUGCCUGUUUCAAUUUCCAGUCAAUUGGUGGCAUUUUCUGUUAAUGGAGUUAUAAUUUUGACAUUUUUGUGGCUAUCAAAGGCAGUUCUUGAGGUAUUUUGCACCCUUGGGAGCGUAGUUUUUGCUAGUAUCUUGCUUAUUCGAGGAGUAUGGACAGGCGUAUCAUACUUACAAAAUAAUCGCAACCUUAGGACAGAUGAAGAUGAUGAUCGUCGUGCGUGGAGUGGAGCGCAGCCUGCAAGUUAACUGGCCAGACAAUAAAGCUUCAAUUUAGACCCGAUAGUAUUAUUCCUUCUAGACUGGAAAUAGCUCAUGGAAAUGACCAGUUGAGGAGCAGCAAUGUCCAAUUAGAGCCUACUCUGAUGCUAUUUGGAAACAAAUAGUACAGAAGAUUUCCUAACGCAAUAAUUGGGUCAAGGCCCUUUACCAUCUACUGAAUUAAAUCCCAACUAGGUCGAAGCUGGAUCAUUUUUCCUUUAGUCUUAGGUCUGUGGCUGUAACUAAUAUGUCGAAUUUACUUCACAAAUGUAAACCGUAACCAAUUUAACCAACUUAUAUGUUAGGAACAUUUGUACACAAGGCUACUAGCAUCAGAGACAAGUACCAUUGUGUGUUUAUUUACUUGGUAUUACAUGAAAAG